UUAUUAUUAUUAUUAUUAUUAUUAUUAUGACAUUCUCAUUAUUUUAUAUUUUAUAUUUCUUAUUCUUAUUAUUGUUGUUAUUAUUACCAUUGCUAUUAUCCGCAUUUAUACUUGUUUUUCCCUUCCACCCAUUUCAUUAUAUCACAUCAUUAUUCUUCUGCAUUGUUUUAAUAAAAAAGAAACAUUUAUUAUUUU